AUGUGGCAGAAUUAUAUGUUGAUUCAAAAAAGCAUAAAUGUUGCUGGUGAUAUUGUUGUUCCUGAUCUAUUUUAUCAACAUUACUUGGAGCAAGUUGUUGAGGUAUUGGAGUCGGAUCCAGAGUUUAGAAAGAAAAUGAGAAACGUUACUCAAGAAGAACUUCAGACCGCUGAAAUAGCUAAAGAAUUGAGAUUCCUUGAUCACAAUAUAAGGGACAAAUUACACGAAAUUAAAAGAGUUGAAGUUGAAAGACUUAGGCAUCUUGCAACGAAAGAAUAUGAAUUAACAAAUAAUAUUACUAUUGAUACUGGACAUUUAGACGAGUAUAAUCUUAAUACUUUUGAAAUAGAAGAUUUAAGAAAACUAAUUCUCAAAACAACCGAGGAUAUAACAAAACAAGAUAAAGAACGCCGAGAACGAUUCAAGGAAUAUGAAAUGAACAAAAAGCUGGAAGAAGAACAUAAAUUGAAAGAAUUACCAGAAGAAGAGAGAAAAAAAUAUGCUGAAGAGCUUGAAAAACAGAAAGAAAAACACAAGCAACAUGAACCGCUGAAUCAUCCAGGAAGUAAAAAACAGUUAGAAGAAGUGUGGGAAAAAGAAGAUCAUAUGGAGCGUCAAGAUUUCGAUCCAAAAACAUUCUUCUUUAUGCACGAUCUUGAUGGUAACGGCGUUUGGGAUGAAGACGAAGUGAAAGCUUUGUUUAGAAAAGAAUUGGAUAAAAUGUAUGAGCAGGGAGCAGCCGAAGAUGAUUUGAUGGAAAGAGCUGAAGAAAUGGAAAGAAUGAGAGAACAUAUAUUCAACGAAGCUGAUCAAGACAAAAAUGGACUUAUUGACUAUCAAGAAUUCUUGAUACAAACCAAACGUAACGAGUAUGAAAACGAUCCCGGUUGGAAACCAAUCGAUGAACAAGAAAUUUACACUCCAGAAGAAUAUGAAGCGUAUAAAAAAGAACACGAUAUUAAAGAACAAGUUGUAGAAGGAUUGUCACCACCACAGCCCGGUGCUGCUCAUAACGAUCAAUUCCCAGCGCAACCAGUUCAACUAGAUCAUAAUCAAGUUCCUCAGCAACAGUACCAACAGCCGCCACAACAGCAACAACAAUAUCAACAACCUCCACCGCAACAGCAACAAUAUCAACCGCCUCCACCACAACAUCAACAGCAGUAUCAACAACCUCCUCAGCAACAAUAUCAGCAACAACCUCCUCAACAACAGUAUCAACAACAAUAUCAACAACAAUAUCAACAACCUCCAUCCCAACAACAACCUCAAUACGUCCAAAAUAAUCAAAUACCCGUCCAACAACAACAACAACAACAUCAAGGUCAAGUUCCUCAGCAACAACAAUACGCUCAGCCAAAUGUUCAAACUAAUGUCAACCAGCAACCAAACGUACAAACAAAUCAAAAUACCGUGAACCAACCGCAACAAAAUGCUGUGCCACAACUUAACCAAGUUUAG